UUUGUCUGGUAUUCAUGUCUAUGAGGAAGAAAAAAGCAUCAUUGAAAAUAUCCAGUUCACAGAUCCUGAUAUCUCUGUGGUCUCAGGUUGAAACGAUGAGAAAUGACUAUGGAAAUUUCUAUUCUUUUUCGGAUUUUUCAAUGGAGUGCAGGAGUCGGGUGUUACAUGCACUGAUAAAUGAUAUCGUAAGGAUGAGCAGUCUUGGGGCCAGUGACACUGCUGGGGCUACCCUUGCAUCAUCAGGGAAUCAUCCUCAUGGAGGCACACCUGUAGGAGUUCCUGAAAUGGAGUUCCCCUUACUUAGUUCUGAAGACGUUAAGCCGUUGAAGUACAAGGACAACAUGAUGUUGUUGCCUGGCUGGGUGAGAUGUGGACGCCGAAGAGUGGAGAUACAAGAUUCUCCUGGUCGCGGCCUCCAGUCUGUUAAAGUUAAGGUCCUGCUUGAUGACUGGUUACUUCCAGGUCGUCAGAUGACUUUCAAUUGCGACGUGGCCGACCAGCUCAUUAGCAAAGAUAGCGGGUUGUUGACAUUGAUAGUCGCGGAUACCGCCAGCAUAAGCGGUGGUAUCAUUUUCUCUAUCUCGUGGCUCACGAAGGAACACAGUACUUGCACUGAAACUACGGCCGCAACAUUUGUUCCCGCUAGCGAAGAGGAGGAGAUAUUGGGGUUUCGAACGACCUGGAGACAGGCGUGGGAUGCCACCCUCGGGCGUAAUGAUGGAAAUGCUGCGAAUCAUGCUGUUCAGGAGAUGGUUGAUACGAUCACAAGGAAGCAGAGUGAGCAGCCCAUGGGCGGACAGAAUGUUCUGGCAUUAAUAAUGAGCGACGAAAUCGUGACGUGGCUUGAAGACGGCCUCCAUUCAUUGCCACCCGAAAUUGCUGUUUAUGUUUAAGGAAUGUAGAGCUGGGCCGAAAGGGUGGAGUUGGAAUUAUCUGACAAGUGGAUGGAGGUGUAAGGCGCGCAUUUCGUACUGCCCCAGCAGGCACACCCAUCAUCAGCUCUUGCUGAUGCCAAUUGAAAAUAUUGGUCGCGUUACCCUCGCUCAUGCUCAUGCCUACUGUGACAGCUCUCCAAUUACAUUCAUUCUUGUUGACCUUAGUUUGUGGAACGCAUCUUGUAAACGCCUCUACAGUUUUUCUGGCAUCAUGUUCAGUGAAGAAUUUUGGGGGCAAAAAGAACUUAGUGCAGGGAAGCUAUAUCCUUACUUUCAACAAAACUAGCAUUGACUCCCCGUAGGAAGGCAUUAUCUUUAAAAAUUACGUCACAUUUUGC